CCAUGUCGUGGCUUGUGGCUGUCCUGGCUCCUCCUCCCGUGUCUCUCGCUCGCUAGCUCGCUCUGUGUCUCUCUCUCGGUGUGAUGCUGAGCCAGGCAGCCAGCCGGAGCUCGCAUUCUCCCAGUGCAGAGCAGAGCUUCACCGGGGCGGUCACUGCCACGCACUGCCCCCGGCCGGGAGGGAGCCCUGUGAUCACUGCCACCCUGCCCGCUCCCCUCCCGCAGGUCACAGCGCUGCCCUGAGUCUGCCCACUACUAUGGAUCUAUUCGACUUUUUCCGAGACUGGGACCUAGAACAGCAAUGCCAUUUUGAACAAGAUCGGAGUGCACUCAAAAGGAAGGAAUGGGAACGGAGAAAUCAAGAAGUACAACAAGAUGAAGACCUUUUUGCUUCUGGUUUCAAUCUUUUUGGGGAACCCUACAAGACAAACAGAGGCGAUGCGCUUGCAAAUCGAGUUCAGAACACAUUGGGAAACUAUGAUGAAAUGAAAGACUUACUAACAAACCACUCCAACCAGAGUCAUCUUGUUGGUAUUCCAAAGAAUACAGUUCCUCAGACUCCUGUAGAGAAAAAUGACCAAAAUUUCUUUCCAGAGCAAAGAAAUAGAGUUGCCCAGUGCCAUCAAAAUAAUACUCAUUCAACGUCCACAAUGCCACCACCUUCUACAAUAGCAUCAACAUCCUCUUUAAUGCAUGGACAUGAGAGCAGCACAAGAAAAUCAAGAAUGGACUGGCCACAUGGAAGUCAUACUUCCAGCUGUACACAACCUAACCAACCCAGUACUCAAUCAGCCAGAUCAAAACACAAUUUGUCACAUGAUCCAUCACAAAUUAGGUUCGAAGACCUUUACAACUGCCAAAAUGACCAACAUAAACUAGGCAUUGUAGAUGAACCAGUGCCUGCUACAUCAUCAACACACACAAGAAGACAUAACCAUUCCAAAUUAUUAAGUGGAGAACAGAUUUACAAGGACAAUACACAUUCAAAGUCACCCAUUGAAUUAGAAUUUCCUGUACAUGACUCAGUUUCUCCCCUCCCAUCAACUUCAUUGUUAUUGGCAAACAAUGGAAUUUCUUCUCAAAACUUUCCUCCUGGAAUUCACAGUAAAAUUAGCACAAUACAACAAAAACCUACUGCUUAUGUGAGGCCAAUGGAUGGUCAGGACCAAAUAUCAAACGACUCACCUGAACUGAAGCCACCAACAGAAAUGGAAGAUGGAUAUAACAACCAGCCACUUGGAGCAGUGCUUGAGGGAAAAGUUAACACACCAGUUAUUAAGAACAAAUUGCCAAAGCUUACCAUCCCCCAAGCAAAUGAGGUCAGUCUUCCAAAUGAUCCCAGUUGUGUUGAAGAAAUCUUACGGGAAAUGACCCAUACAUGGCCCCCUCCUCUGACUGCAAUCCAUACUCCCUGUAAAGCUGAGCCUAAGUUUUCUAUUCCCACCAAGGAUUCGCAGCAUUUAACCUCGGGAUACAGUAUACAAAAGCGUUGUGAUGUUCCGAAUAAGACUGCAGCAAAAUCUAUCCCUCAGAAGUCCAUGCUAGAAGAUGAUCUGAAACUGAGCAGCGAUGAAGAAGACAGUGAGCAGGCAACUGAAAAGACAAAGCCAAGAAACAUCCCUGUAAAUGGCCUUCCAUUGCCAAACGUGCACAGUGCCAACAUCGUGAAUUCCAGUGGUGGAUCUGGAAGUUCCAGUGAGUCAGAAAGCAGUUCUGAAUCUGACUCUGACAGCGAAAGCAGCUCUAGUGACAGUGAGUGUAAUGAGGGGACACGCAAUGCAACGCCUGAGCCUGAACCACCAUCUAAAAAUAAAUGGCAACUGGACAAGUGGUUAAAUAAAGUAAAUUCACAUAAUAAAACAAUUAUAAACAACCAAAUUGAAGUGCAUUCCGAUAACACUGCUGAGUCUCAGAAUAACCAACAGGUUGUAGAAGAAACUAAAAGAGAACUUAACAGUAUUGUUCCUCAGUCUGACUCCAAAGAGAGGGAGUUACGGAGUCCUGUAAGAGAAAAAGUCAAACCAAGAGCUUCCCAAAAGCCUGCGGAGGCAAAAACUUUAAAGCAGAAAUCACCAGCUCAUAAUGAACAAGUCCCUCCAAGAUCUCUGGCUAAGAAGCAACCAAAAAAGGUUGAAAGGUCUUCCAGUGCAGAAGACUGUAACUGGAACAAACCAAAUCCCACCAGCAGCACUCCCAAAGAAAAAGAGUUACGAGAAAUACAAGAGCAACCAAAAUCACGGGCAAAAAAUCCUGUUGCUAAAACAGCACCAAGGAAAGAACAAAGGACUAGUAUGGGAAAUGCUUCAGAGAAGAAAAGAGCAAGAGGAGCAACUAAAAUUGUUCCUAAAUCAAGGGAAUUUGUUGAAACUGAUUCUGCAUCAGAUUCCAAUACGGAUCAAGAGGAAGUCUUGCAGUCUAAGAUAUCAACCACUUGUGGUGGACUGCCAAAUCCCAUUAAGACAAAGGAUUGUAAUAACAUCACUAACAUACUAAGUGUGAGUAGUAUAACAAGCCAUAACAGCAACCUCUCGCUGGACCAGACACAUAAUGAUUUGGAAGAACAAUUCUCCCCCCUCCCUGUCGUUCAAAAUGAACUACUUUCUCCUUUGAGAGACUAUGAAGAACUUAAGUCAUUAUGGGUGAAAAUAGAUCUUAGUCUGCUAUCCAGAAUACCAGGACAAGAGACAUUUCAGACUGUUUCAGUAAAAGAUGAAGGCAGAGACACUGGUUUUAAACACAAACACCAAACAUCAGCCACCACUCCUGAGAAAUGUUUCACAAAAAGCAGAAGGAAGCACAAGCAAUCGGACAGCUUUGAAACACAGAAUGAAAGCAAAAAACAGCGGUUGGAGACCAAUACUGCACAAUGUUUACUCCCUCCUUGCAUUUCUCCAAUUCCAAACAACAGGAUAACCAGCACUAAAGAAAUGAAAAAGACAAAUAAAAAAAGAGAAGAGAAGUUUUUUCCUCCUUUGUUGUCGCCACUUGCGGAUGAGCCACCCCCCAGGAGACAUUCCAGUGACAGUAUCUCCUUCAAUCUAGAGAGCAGCGUUACAACAUCUGUGGUUGCCACCACCACUUCUACGAGACAUAAAAAGAAUGGAAGUACUAAAGGGAUAUGUGAAGAAGAUCACAACAUGCCACCAAGCAGCAGCCUUGAAAAUAUUCACUUGGUCCCGACUUGGCCUACCAUACCUACAUUAACUAAUGGAAACACAGACCCUCGAAGAAUUAAAUUAACUUUUGAUGAAACGUUACAUAAUGCCGAUUAUUACAUGCAAGAUGCUAAAAGAUUAAAGCACAAAGCCGACGCACUGAUGGACAAGUUUGGGAAAGCUGUCAAUUAUGCAGAUGCUGCCCUCUCCUUCAUUGAGUGCGGAAAUGCUAUGGAGCGAGAUCCAUUAGAAGCUAAAUCUCCAUACACCAUGUAUUCGGAGACUGUGGAACUCAUCAGAUAUGCAAUGAGACUGAAGAAUUUCACGAGCUCGUCUGCCAGUGAAGGGGAAAAAAAACUUGCAGUUUUAUGCUAUCGGUGUUUAUCGCUUCUCUACUUAAGAAUGUUUAAGCUAAAGAAGGAACAUGCAAUGAAGUACUCCAGAUCACUUAUGGAAUAUUUUAAGAACUCUUCAAAAUCUUCCCAGGCACCCUCUCCAUGGGGAGGCAAUGGAAAGAACACAGAGACCCCGUCUCCAAUGCCAUUGAGUCCGUCCCCAUUGAGUUCUUCUGGAAACAGUAGUGGAUCAACUGUAUCUUCCUCUACGGGCACUGUAUCGAUCCCACAACGCAUACAUCACAUGGCAGCCAGUCAUGUGAACAUCACUAACAAUGUUUUGCGUAGUUAUGAACACUGGGAUAUGGCUGACAAGCUUACAAAAGAAAAUAAAGAAUUUUUUCAAGACCUUGACACAGUGAUGGAGCCAUUAACACAACACAGCACUAUGACCUACUUGGUCCGUUACGUGCGACAAGGACUUCACUGGUUACGCAUUGAGUCUCAAUUAUUGUAGUGUCUGCUUUGCUCCAUGUACAUUUUCUUGUAUUCUACCUCUGCCAGAGCAUAGACGAUCACUGGUGGAUACCCACGCAUCAUCUUGACUUUUUUUUUAUAUAUAUAUAUCUCUGUUGGAAGUGGAUUUUAUCAUCACUGGAAAUGCCUAUCUGAAGUAGCAUUUGCUGAAUCAACCAACAAAAAAAACCAACCAUUUCCAACUCUUUAAUAUGCCUUGCGUCUCUUGGAUCCAUUCCUAUGUGCUUUAUGAAAUGGUACAUUUUUAAAGAUAUUGUUUUAGUCUUCACUGCCUUUAAUUAAGAACAAGAUGCACUUUGUGAAGAUUUGGAACAAAACAUCUUCAGUACGCGAGUGUUUUAUAAAAACACUUUAAUUGGGAUAAUUAUUUCAAAUAUUGUAUUAUUAGCAAUGGAUCAUAUUAUCCUGUGAUUGCUAUGAAUUAAAACGCUUAUUUGUUCAUUUUGCCAUCACUUCCUACAGAAUGAAUAAUACACUCUAGAACUCCAUGGUUAAUAAUAGUUAAAGCCAGUCAUACAGCAUUUGCCAGGCUGUACAAUAAGAACUUCUUGAGACUGUCUAAUUGUUGUUGUAUUGGUAAAAUUAAUAAUUUUAUUUUUUAAAACUUCCAUAAAUGGAACAUAAUAUCAUCUUCUUUGUAUUUGUAUUAAGGGGAUACAAAUGUCUGUUCAUGGAGAUAUAGAACUGUAUUUUACAAGAAACAAUUGUCUUCAUAUUUUAGCAGGCAUUUUAUGGUUUACUUACUUUUUUAAGUAUAUUCUAAAGAUAUUACAAGGGUUUAAGAGUUGCAGGAUGCAUCUUGGGUCCGUGUGUUAUAACCAGCAUACCUGGACAGUAAAAAAUAUUUGCCGAUGCUCAAUGAAGCAAAGAGGAUGUGGUGGACUUACUAAGUGGUGCGGAGGGAACAAUUCAAUUUUAUUCUGCAGAACCUCAUUUUCAAGAUGAUGACUAACUCAAUAAAAUUAAUAAGUGUUCACUGGUUAGUUUUUCAUCUUUUCCCCUCUUAAUAAAUCUACCACCAUGCAUUGUAUUGCCUUUGUCCAGAAUGAUCCAAGUGUUAAUUCAUAGAAGUGAGGCCUUUUUUAUAAUGGCAAUGUCCCAAAAAUAGUGCAACAGUUGGAAAAUGAACACUGAAUAUUAUUUGAAAUCCCACAGAUACAAAUUCACAGAUUACCUUGGAUGUCCAUUUAAAAUAACCACACAUGAUUAUGUAAUAGAUCCAGGAAGAUCCAACUAUUUAACAGUGUUCAUUGGUUUUCUAUAAAGAAUUCAUACAUAAAAACAGACGCUAAUGAAAUUGUCUUAAAGGGUGAUAUUUUUAGUUUUUAUUUAUUUUAUACUGUCGUGAUUAUUUAAAGUGUAUACAAUGGCAUUUUCUUGGGAGCAGGUCAAAACAGUGUUGCUCAGUUGUGAUAAAUAUACUCUGCUCAAAGCCUGAUUGUACAGAGUUAGUUGUUGUGUAACACAUUUUAAUGUUCUGAUCUCAUCUUUGUAGCAAUUGUAAUAAGCAUUACUUCUAGUUGAGUAACAAAGGCUCAACACUCUGCCAAAGGAGCCAGCAAGGCAAUCCGUUUCGUUGUUUGGUACCAAACUCUGUAUCAGUACUUUCACCAAAACCACAGCCAAAAAGUAUCCAUUUCUUUGGAAUGUUCAUAUCACAAUUAAAGAUAAAAGGAAACUUUUUUUUAUUAUGAUUUGAACUUGGUCAUUACUGAAUGUCACUGUGAUGUAAGCAAUUAUAUAGACCAGCGAGCCAGUUUUGUGUAAAAAGUCAAAAUAUCCAGUAUGCAAUACAGAGCUCUGUUGUGGGUUUAUGCGAAAUCUUUAAUUCUCAUUUACAUCUAUGUUUAUAGUGCUAAGUUUGUAAUUGGUAGAGGAGCCAAGUGAAACAUUAAGUGUUUAUAAUAAUAAUCUUUAUCAUUAUCAUCUUAUUUAUGUCAGUGGAACACAAAUCUUGUUAUGGCGAACCAAUCACAGCCCAGGCAAUCCAGUUUGUUCUCCAUAUGUCAAUUUGGUACUUACUAAUUUUUUUAAUAUCUUGAGUUAUACACCAAGUGUUUAUGCUGUGCCUUCUCAUCUUCUAUCUUAUUUGGAAUAGGCUUCUAGCUCUAGACUCUAAGACAGUUAAUAAGUUAGGAUUUAUGAUCUUGAAAAAUGCAGAAUUUAAGCUGUCUCACAAGCUUGACCAACCAAUUCCAUAAUAAUUCUUAUUAAUUGCCUUGUAUUAAUAAGUACUUGUUUUCUUGUGAUAGUUUAAUAAUGUUCACUCAUUUCGAUAGGCUUGUUUCUGAUGUACAUUAAGAACGAGCUGACUUCAGAGGUUUUCCAAAAAUGUUCUUGCAUCAAAACUUUGUAGUGAAAUAU